AUGGUAGACGUCACCGUUAGUUUUGCGACUCUACAGGACACGGUACAGUCACAGAACGGUGAAGUACAGACCCUACAGGUCACGGUACAGCUACAGAACGGUGAACUACAUACCCUACAUACCACGGUACAGUUACAGAACGGUGGACUACAGACCCUACAGGCCACGGUACAGUCACAGAACGGUGAACUACAGACCCUACAUACCACGGUACAGUCACAGAACGGUGAACUACAGACCCUACAGGUCACGGAAGAGUCACAGAACGGUGAACUACAGACCCUACAGACCACGGUACAGUCACAGAACGGUGACCUACAGACCCUACAGACCACGGUACAGUCACAGAACGGUGGACUACAGACCCUACAGGCCACGGUACAGUUACAGAAUGGUGAACUACAGACCCUACAGGUCACGGUACAGUCACAGAACGGUGAACUACAGACCCUACAGGCCACGGUACAGUCACAGAACGGUGAACUACAGACCCUACAGGUCACGGUACAGUCACAGAAUGGUGAAAUACAGACCCUACAGGUCACGGUACAGUCACAGAACGGUGAACUACAGACCAUACAGGUCACGGUACAGUCACAGAACGGUGAAUAA